AUUGCAUCUUCGUGUGACAUGUUAGCGAUCAUACUAGAUCUAGCCGAAUCAUAUGGAUGCAAUUUGUGAUGACGCUUGCAGAGUUCCAGACCAGCAGCCCCAUUUUCUCUGCCCGAGGUGGUCAUGAUGCAACCCUCAGAAAGACUCGAACCAACAGCUCCAAGUCAGGGAGCGGGCUGAAGCAUGCCAAUAUAUUGACUAACGUCCCUGCUCGCAUAGAAAUACGGCUAGUAGCAGCUAGUUCGAUUUCCCAGUGAGGAGACGCGGGGAGGAUGGAUUCAUCGUCAUCACAGCCUUCUUCGCCAUCGACAUCAGCACCACCACCGACAUCGGCAUCACCACUACAGCGUCCAGAGGGCCCCCUUUCUCCUCCACUUCAUCAGACAGAUGCCGACGAAGACGACGAGAACGUGAAGCAGCUCAAGCAGUGUGCCUCCUUAUAUUUGGCUCUGCAGGAUUGCUUGGUUAAUAGCAAUCGGGAUUGGAGGUCCUGCCAAUCAGAAGUUCAAGCGUUAAAAGCCUGCCACGAGAAGCAAAUGGACAAAGGAAAAUCGAAAUAGGACUCCUGCUCAUUGCUACUUCUAAUUGCAAAGGACAGUUCCGAUUGGCGAUUUUUUUUCUAAUAAAAAUUUCCAUGGAUAGAUGCUACCCUCUCAGCACCAUUGAGUUGUCUUUUGAUGUUAAAUACCGCAUUGAAGCGCAUGUGAACUUUUCUUUUCCAUUUUGUCUCAGAUAUAAAGAAUAAGAUGUACUUCAGAAGCUUAUACUAUUUGCUUUUAAUGGUAGUAUGAAGCAAUCAGCAUUUCAA